CUCACAGGAGUUACAAGAAGAAAAAAAUUAAACACAGAAAAAUGAAUAUGACAUUGGUAGCAUUGAUACUAGUGGUUGCCUUGAGCACAAAGGCACUACUUGGGGAAGCAGGUGCUGCACCAGACCAAAUUGUGGACACAUCAGGGAAGAAGGUGCGAGCUGGUGACUAUUACUACAUUGUUCCAGCAUCCUCUGAUGUAGGUGGCCUUAACCUCUCAACCACAGGUCAAGAUUGCCCUCUUGAUCUUGUAGUUGUUGAUGGUUACCAAGGCCUCCAAUUUAUGUUUCUACCUGUUAAUGAGAAGAAAGGUGUGAUUCGCGUUUCCACUGAUCUCAACAUUUUAUUCGCCACCUACACAGGUUGUCCAGAUUCCACAGUGUGGAAGCUUAAGGACUAUGAUUAUUCAACAUCACUGUGGUUUGUCUCAACUGGUGGCGCUUUGGGCAAUCCUGGCCCUCAAACCAUCCAAAGUUGGUUCAAGAUUGAGAAGUACGAGGAUGCUUACAAGAUGGUGUAUUGUCCAAGUGUGUGCAAUUAUUGCAAUUAUCCAUGCAGUGAUAUUGGAAUAUAUCAGGACCAAUAUGGCAAGCGUUUGGCUCUAACUUCUGACCCAUACAAAGUGCAGUUCCAGAAGGUUUAAUACUAAAUUUUGAUUUAUAUCAAAAUCUUAAUGAGUAAAGUGUAUGGCACAUCUUGCACUUUUCGUACAAGAUUAUUCUCAAGUUGAGUUCCAUGUACUGAACUAUACAUAAUGAAUAAACAAGAUGUCUUUUAU